GGAGAGAAGAAAAAAACGUAUAAAGCCAUCCCUUCAGUGUUAGUAGAAAUAUGCGAAGCUCGUCCUUUUCAGGCUUUACGUCAGCCAGUGCGCAGGCUAAAGCGGGCCGCUGGAUCACUGAGAGGGGCACACGCUGCGGGGAGAGGAUGUAGUACACCUGCGUAAAAGCGGCGGGACGCGCGACUAUCGGCACAGACGUGUUGGACUUUAUUCUGGACUCAAUGCAUUUGCACCUCCGCACCAGGGAUGAGUUGGCUCCUGUGGUGGACCCUAACACUUGCUGUGAUUCAACAGGUCUACACACAGAACUCCACUGCCAUGCCACCCACCACUGCUGCUGUGGACUCUUUUAACCGCACACAGUACUGUAAGUGGCCCUGUGAGUGUCCCCAGGAGACCCCACACUGCCCACCCGGGGUCAGUCUGCUGAUGGACGGCUGUGACUGCUGCAAGGCCUGUGCCAGACAGGUGGGCGAGGAGUGCAACGAGGCCGACACCUGUGACUACCAUAAGGGGCUGUACUGUGACUACAGCGGAGACAAGCCUAGGUACGAAAAGGGAGUGUGUGCAUAUAUGGUGGGAACAGGCUGUGAGCAUGAUGGUGUGAUCUAUCGUAACGGACAGAGCUUCAAGCCCAGUUGUAAAUACCAGUGUGUGUGUGUGAAUGGAGCGAUUGGCUGCGUGUCGCUGUGCACAGAGUCUCAGCCUCCACGGGUUUGGUGCCAGAGUCCCAGACGGGUCAAAGUCCGGGGACAGUGCUGUGAGCAGUGGAUCUGCGAUGAACCCAAGAGAGGGCGCAAAACAGCCCCGAGACAUGCAAUAGAUGCUCUUCCAGUUGGGACUCAAAGCUGGCACAAAAACUGCAUCACCCAAACUACCUCCUGGAGCCCCUGUUCUAAGACAUGUGGGCGUGGUGUUUCCUUGAGGAUUUCAAAUGACAACGACCAGUGUGAGCUGGUGAAAGAAUCCCGACUGUGCAACCUGCGUCCCUGUGAGGUGGACAUCACCAAACACAUCAAGCCAGGUAAAAAGUGUCUGAACAUCUACAGGGAUGAGCAGCCCUUCAACUUCACUAUCUCGGGAUGCACCAGUAAGAAGCAGUACAGGCCUAAGUACUGUGGCGUGUGCACAGAUGAGCGCUGCUGCAUCCCGUAUAAGUCCAAGACCAUUGAUGUGGAGUUUGAAUGUCCCAAUGGGGCUGGCUUCAUCUGGAAAAUGUUGUGGGUCCAAGCUUGUUUUUGUAACCUCAGUUGCAAAAACCCAAAUGACAUCUUCCAAGACCUCGAGAGCUACUACAGCUACCCAGAAGUCAUGGACUAAAAGGUGUCACUUGCAUGAUUAUCUUGUAAUGUUUUUUCCUAUUGGAAAAUCUGUAAAUAAGAAAUGUGUUCAUGUAUUUAGAAUGAAUUACUUAAGCAUGGUGAGCAUUGUACUUGUAUUUAAUAUGCAGUACUGUUAAAAUAUGCAAACAAAAAAAGUUUAAUUUAUAUUGCAUUAUAUAUUUGUUUAAUUUAUAUUGCCUUUUGAUAAUAUACACAAGAACAGACUUAUAUAUUUUGAUCACAGGGAUUCAGUUGGUAAUGUUAAACUGAUGCACCAAA